GGCAGUUGUGCCGCGACCCUUGGUGCUGCUGACACAGUGUGGUGCGCGUCCCCCCGGCUUGUUUUCUCGACAGCUGAGUUAAGGGUGCUCUUCUCCGAGUCAUAAUAAAUCCAAAAGACAAAGACAUUUUCGCCGAAUUCGCGUUCUCUGACGAAAAAGGUGAAACUUUUCUUCGGUCACCAUCAUAGAUAAUCACUGGUCUUGGGCAGCUCUCCACAUAUAGAAAGAAAAAAGUUGGGUGUUUGAUGUGGGCAUGGCGAUGCGAGCGGCCGGCCUCGACACUUGCCGAGCAGAAGAGCAGCAGAGUGAUCCGCGUCGGCUUUUAGGUUGACCGAGCGGGCGUCUGGUGUCAGUCGGCGAUUGCGGUCCGUCGGCCGGUGGGCGAGCCAGCAAGCAAGUCAGGCAUGAUCUCGUUGCAACAGCCGCCGCACUGUUUGCCCACGGACAGAUGACCCAGACCGGGAGUAGCCAUGCACGUCUGCUUCUGGCUGUUGACCAUCAGCGUCCUCGGCGCCGCAGCCCCCACCGCCUCCCCACCUGUUAAAUACGGCGCCCGCGUCGUCAAAACCAAGUACGGACAGGUGCGUGGGGUGCUGAUGGAGCCCAACUCGCGACAGAUGGAGGCUGUGGAGGCGUUCCUCGGCGUGCCGUACGCCUCUCCGCCGACCGGCAGCAAUCGCUUCCGCUUCCCCAAGGCCCCGGCCAAGUGGAGUGGCGUGUGGACUGCAGAAAGGUUCGGCGCCGUGUGUCCGCAGCGGCUGCCGAACCUGGCCAACGAAAGUGCCACCUUGGAGCUGAUGCCUCCCGGGAGGCUGAGCCAGGUCAAAAGACUCGCGCCCCUGCUCGCCAACCAGAGCGAAGAUUGUCUCAACCUCAACCUCUACUUGCCCGCAUCCGGUUUGCAAGGCGUAGACGCGCCGUACGCGGUGCUCGUCUGGGUGCACGGCGAGUCCUUCGAGUGGAACGCAGGCAGCGCCUACGACGGCACCAUCUUGGCAGCCGCCGGCAGGGUGAUCGUCGUCACGUUCAACUUUCGCCUUGGAGUCCUGGGUUUCCUAAAAACCGGCCCCGGCGUGGAGGGGUCGGGCCUGCUCCCGGUGAAGGACGUGGAGGCGGCAGUCCGGUGGGUCAAGGAAAACAUCGCCGAGUUCGGCGGCGAUCCCAAGAGAAUCCUCCUUGUAGGGCAUCACACCGGGGCUACCCUUGUCAAUCUUUUCCUACUUUCGCCCGACUCGAAAGGUCUGGUUUCCGGUGCUGCCCUUUUGAGUGGUAGCGUGCUGAGUCCUUGGGCCGUGCAGUUGGACGCCGACAGGGCCGCCGCGUCGGUCGCUCGCCAAAUAGGCUGCGAGCUUAGAAGAGAUUUCCUAGGCUGUUUGCAGCGUGCUCCGCUGGCCAAAUUGAUGUCUGUUACUCUGCCAACACCUGCCUACCUGCCUAGAAUAGGACCACCCCUUCCAGCCGCCGACCCGGAGCGGACCAUGAGGGAGAAGACUGCAGGCGCUUUCGCAACAGUGCCCCUGAUGAUAGGCUUCACGACCUCAGAGAGCGUUCACGAAAUCAGCGCCUACGAGCUGCAGUGGGGCAUGGAGGAGGACAGGCAGGCCCAGGUGCUGCGUACUUUUAUCAGGAACGCUUUCACGUGGCACGUGAUCGAAAUCCUAGCCGCCGUGCUGAACGAGUACACCGACUGGACCAAAAUCGUGCAGCACCCCAUCAGCCUGCGGGACAACACGUUGGAGGCUCUGACCGACGGCCACACGGUCGCCCCGCUGCUCAAACUGGCCAGCCUGCACUCCCGCCGCGCCGCCUCCACCUACGUCUACCACUUCGCCUACCAGGCCAAGGACGCCGAUUUCCCACAGAGAAUUGGAAGUGCGAGAGGCGACGACGUUGGCUACAUGCUCGGCGCACCGCUCGCAGCCAGUGGAAACACUAUCCUCUUCCCGCACAAUUUCACGCGGCAGGAUCAAGCCGUGUCUCUCACAAUGCUCACCCUGCUGGCAAACUUCGCUAAAUCUGGCAACCCGAACGAACCCCAGAAGCCGCAGCCAGUGGAGGAUUUUACCUCGACGGACAAGGACAAAAGCAAGUUCCGCGCAGUCACCUGGGAGCCGUUUGACCCCAACACGCAAUCCUACCUUAGCAUAGGGCCGAAGCUGCGUAUGAAGAACCAUUACAGGGCGCACCACAUGGCCACGUGGCUACACCUGGUGCCUCAAUUACACCAGCCGACGGGAGACGAGGUCAACCCGCGUCACCACCACUUCAAAGACAUGGGCCUUCCGCUCUACGCAGGGGAAGUGCGACAGGAGCCGUUCACGCAUAGGUCGCUGGGCGACGACGACGGCGACUCGGAUUACAGCAUGAUCGAGUGCGUCUACGUAAACACGAGCGCGGCCUUCUCGUCGGUCUCCACCAUGAGUCUUGACCCUGUCGACCCGAUCGAGGGCGUCGACGAAACCAGCCAACUCCUAGACAGAACCACGAAAAACCCCAAGUCGUCGUACCCGAGCUUCACCACAGCGCUGGCUGCUACAAUUGGUGCUGGUUGCCUACUUUUAUUGCUCAACAUCCUCAUUUUCGCCGCUAUCUUGUACCACAGAGAGCGGAGAAAAGCUGCAGACGAAUCCAAGAAGGAGCAGGAACAAACGGGGUCGGAUUCUGCGGCGGCCGAGGGCACGAGUCGCGCGGGCACCUCCGAGGAGUCGAUCGAGAUGACCUCGGUGUGCGCCAGCAUGAGCACCGUUCUUCCAAGCGCGUCCGCCUCGCCAGUGCUGGCGGGCAUCAAGAGGGGCGGGAUGCACCACCACCACCACCAUCACCACACGCACCACCACCACGCCCGGCCGGCGGCUCCGCUCAGCCCGUGCAUCCCCGAGCCGCCCCUGCCGCCCUCGGCCAUGCACCCCAAGUACGCCACCCUGCCGGCCAAGAAGAGGGUGCACAUCCAGGAGAUCUCUGUAUAGCAUCCGGGGGUGCGUGUCGCCCUCUUUUUGUAAAUACACACUUCUCACACAUUUUAUGUGAAUGCGUCGGCCGGCGAAAUGAGUGCUUGGCCUGGCCGCGCGUUCAUCCCUGCUGUGUUUUUACUGUUUUUAAUCUCUGCGAACGAUGAUUAUUACGUAAGGACCACGGUGAGAUGAGGCGAGUGAAUGAACAAAUUGUUUUUUCUUUAGCGCUUAACAUUGUUGAAAUUGUGAUAAUUUUUUUCUAUAUUCCAGCUCUGUUCACAAUUUCUGGAAUAAAUAUAUAUAUUUAGCAUGGUGACACUUAAAAGAAGAAUGACUAGGACUACGCGUUGUUUUAAUUUAUGGAAUUUAUGAAAAAAAUUUUAGUUGAUUUCAAGAAAUGUUUUGGAAAAGAAAAAUUGUGUGUUCUAAAAUUUAACAGCUAACAGUUGCAAUUAAUUAUUGGGCAAAAAUUUAAAAAUCAAAAUAAAAAUUUCUUAUGGUUUAUUUGGACAUUUUUAUAGUUAGUUUCACGAUUUUUUUUUGUUCUCCACUAGUUGAAUUUUUACAUUCAAGGAGAUUUCAGACUAAAAUUCAGAAGGAAACAAAAACAAUUUUCCUUAAAUUUGUAUUUUAUUGAAAAACCACUCUUGUAACCUUGAUUAAUGUUGUAGAUUUUCAUAUAACUCGGACGAAAGAGUUGAUUAUUUGUCUCUUCAAAACAGGGAACAAUUUUAUCAAAAUAAUGUUCGACUAAUUUGUGAUGCAAAAUUUAAAAGAAUAAAAAUUAGACAUUUCGUAGAAUCAGGCAUGCAGGGAAAUUAUUUCGGGGAAAAGGCCAAUAUUGCGGAGUUUAACAUGGGCUUAAAUUGCUCGUUAUUCAUUUGAAAGCUGUUUCUUCAAAGCACCAUAUAAGUUAUAUUGAAAAUACGAAACGAGCUGCCCUAGGAAUAACGCUUAUCCAAGUCCAAAAUUAUUAUUUCACAAGAUGGGACAAAGCCAAACUUUCCUAAAAAAAUUAAGAAAAUCGGCCUCAAUUUGUAUAUUAUUUUUCUUCAUAUACAUUUUCUAAUACAUUUCAACCAAAGGAGCUGAAAACACAGUUAUAGUUAAAUUAUUUAGGGAGCUACAAAUAUUUAAAUAAAAAUCGGUGCCCGAGACACACACACGUCAUCUAGCUGAAGGUAAAAAUUUAAUAUUAUUUGGUUUAUUUUGUCCAGUAAAAUUCCUCUUUUAAAAAAUUCCGUUCUGUUUUCAUAAAAUAAAUUAGAACAACGCUUUUUACUAUUUUAUAUUGAAAAAUUCAAAAGACGCGUUAAAGAUUUUUAAUGUAAACAAAAAACAUAUCUGACCAGAAGCGUUGUAAAUAAAUGAAAUUGUUGUGCAGAAAACCCUGGUCAAAAGUCGGUGUUCUUUUUGUGUGGAAGAUUGCGGCGGAAAUUCCGUUACGUCCUUUCAGAAUUUUCUGAAAGAGGUAAUAAGACAUAAAUAAAUUUAAUAUGCGUGUUUGUAAUUGCGUUUGCUAUUGAAAGUAUAUAAAAGUAUUUAAACAAAAAAAUCAUCUAUAUAUUAUGGCAUUAAAAUAUAAAAAGUGAAUUUAUGGAAUUUAUACUUAAAACUUAAUUUGUGUGAAAUAUAUAUUACAUCUGGAUGCAGGUUAUGCGUUUGGAAAUUCAAUUUGAAAACAAAAUUAACCGUAAAAUUUUGCAAGAUAAAUUUAAGAAGGAGAAUUUUCCGAUUUUCAACGUUUCGCGAUGGAGAAAAAUUAUUGAAAUGUGUAGGUAAGCACACACUGCCAAUUUAGUUGGUGGAUGAGAACUGUAAGCAUGUUUCAAUUGCGCUGUUUGUACAUUAAUAACUGUAAGGCGAAAACCAUUGUGAUGUUUUUUGUAUGCCAAAUGCAAUCAAAACAAUAAAUGCGAUAUAUAGUUUGGAAUAAAUAA